UUGAUGUUUUGUAAUGUCUGAAAAAGAAGAUAAAAUAUGAAACUGAUUUUGAUUUUAUAAAUUUAGCAUGGAAAUUAAAAUGGAUAGAGAGAUGGUUAUGUGUAUAUAUAUAAAGGGUAUUUAGUAUGCAUAACCCAUAACCACUUCUUUCUAAUAAAAAAGAACUUGCUUCUUUAUAUUAGCUUUUGUUUAAAAAUGAUUUCCUCCUUCUUUAUCCUUCUGUUUCUUUAUUUGCUUUCUAUGUCAAGCUUUGGUGUGUGCAGAGAGACAGUGUGCAUUGGAAGUGAGAGAGAGACACUGUUGAAGUUGAAACAUCAUCUCAUUGAUCCUUCAAAUAGACUUUCUUCUUGGAAUGCUUCUCUCAAUCCCAAUUGUUGUCAUUGGUAUGGAGUUCUCUGCAACAACAUCACAUCUCAUGUUGCAGAGCUUCACCUCACCACUCCACUUCCUACGUUCUCUUUCGAUGUUUUUGAACGUUAUGAAAUUUAUCAAGUUUACGAAGAAGUUUAUGAAGAAUAUAGUAGAAGGGCAUUCAGUGGAGAGAUAAAUCCUUGUUUGGUUGAUUUAAAGCAUUUGAAUUAUUUGGAUUUCAGCGGCAAUAUUUUUUAUAGGAAGCCAUUUCCUUCUUUCAUUGCAACAAUGACUUCCUUAACUCACCUCAACCUUUCUAAUGCUGAAUUCAGGGGGAAAAUUCCUUCCCAGAUAGGGAAUCUCUCCAAUUUGUUGUACCUUGACCUCUCUUAUGCUUUCAACGGAAGAAUUCCUCCUCAGAUAGGGAAUCUCUCCAACUUGCUCCACCUCGACCUCAGAGGAUAUUAUGAUUAUGAAGAAUCUUUAUUUUAUAAAAAUGUUGAUUGGCUGUCAAGUCUUUCCAAGCUUUGUUAUCUUGACUUGAGCAACACUUGGUCACUUGUAAAAGGAUGUACACUUCCUCCCUAUAAUCAGCCAUCUUUUCUUAAUAUCUCGUCUCUCGUCACUCUUGAUCUUUCCUUUACUUCUCCUCUUUCUACAAUUUCUUUUGUUCCAAAGUGGAUAUUUGGACUGAAAAAACUUGUUUCUCUUUUCUUAUAUGAUAACUACUUUGAAGGUCCAAUUCCAGAUGGUCUUCGAAACCUCACACUACUUGAAAAUCUUAAUUUGAAUGAAAAUUCAUUCUCAUCUUCAAUACCUACUUGGUUUUACAAUAGUUUUCCUCAUCUAAAGUUCUUGGGCCUAUCAAGAAACAAAUUACAAGGAACUAUUUCUGAUGCCUUAGGAAAUAUCACUUUUCUAGUUACACUUGAUUUGUCUUACAAUAAACUUGAAGGUCCACUUCCAACUUCUUUAGGAAAGGUGACUUCUCUAGUUGAACUUGAUUUAUCAUCCAAUAAACUUGAAGGACCAAUUCCAAUUUCUUUUGUAUCAUUUGGAAAACUUUCAUCACUGAGAUAUCUUUCUCUGUCCGAGAAUCAGCUUAGUGGAAAUCCAUUCGAAAGUCUUAGAUCACUUUCUAAAUUGUCAUAUCUUGAUAUUGGUUAUAAUCGUUUUGAAGGAGUUGUCAUGGAAAAUCAUCUCAUUAAUCUUGUGAGUUUGAGUAUCCUUCAUGCAUCAGGAAACAAUUUGACUUUAAAAGUGGGUCCCAGUUGGCAUCCUACUUUUCAACUUACUGUUUUGGAUAUGAGCUCCUGGCAGUUAGGUCCUAACUUUCCUUCAUGGAUUCAGUCACAACACAAACUUGACUAUUUAGACAUGUCUAACACGGGAAUUUUAGAUUCUAUUCCCUAUUGGUUUUGGAAAACAUUUUCUCAAGCUUCUUUUCUAAAUCUCUCUCAUAAUCAUAUCCAUGGUGAGCUUGGGACUACAUUAAAGAAUCCAAUAUCUAUCCCCUCUGUUGAUCUAAGCGCAAAUAACUUACGUGGCAAAUUUCCCUUACUUUCAAAUCGUGUGGGUUUUCUGGACCUUUCAAGCAAUUCAUUUUCCAAACCAGUGGAUGAUUUUUUAUGCAAAAAUGAUAAGAAGCCAAUGAAUUUAGAAUUUCUCAAUCUUGCAUCGAAUAACUUGUCUGGAGAAAUACCUGAUUGUUGGGACAUGUGGCCAUAUCUAGUGGAUGUGAAUUUACGAAACAAUAAUUUUGUUGGGAACAUUCCCCAAUCUAUGGGUUCAUUGACAGAACUCAAAUCAUUACGCAUCCAUAAAAACUUACUCUCAGGAACAUUUCCAACAAUUUUGAAGAAGACCAAACAAUUGAUUUUAUUGGAUAUUGGAGAAAAUAAAUUUUCAGGAACAGUUCCAGCUUGGGUUGGAGAAAGUUUUUUAGAUAUGAAGAUUCUUAUCCUUCGAUCAAAUAGAUUUUCGGGUCAUAUUCCUAAAAAAAUAUGUGAUAUGAGUCUUCUUCAAGUGUUAGACCUUGCACAAAAUAAUUUGACUGGAUAUGUACCUACUUGUAUUAACAGCUUGAAGGCCAUGACACAAAUUUACAAAAUAAGUGUUCUUCUUUGGUUGAAAGGAAGAGGAGAUGAAUACAAAAACUUUCUCGGGUUGGUAACAAACAUUGAUUUGUCAAAUAACAAAUUAGUUGGAGAAAUACCAAAAGAGAUCACAGAUUUAAAUGGUUUGUUAUUUUUGAACUUGUCUCACAACCAACUUAUUGGUCACAUUCCACAAAACAUCGGUAAUAUGGGAUCAUUGUUGUCCAUUGAUUUCUCAAGGAAUGAACUUUCUGGUGAAAUCCCUUCAACCAUUACAAAUUUGAGCUUUCUAAGUAUGUUAGACUUGUCUUAUAAUCAUUUGGAUGGAAAAAUUCCAACAGGAACUCAACUGCAAUCCUUUGAUGCCUCUAACUUUAUUGGCAACAAUCUUUCUGGCCCACCACUACCCAUCAAUUGCAGCUCCAAUGACAAAAGUUAUGAUCACAAUGGCGAAGGGAGUGAUAAGCAUGGAGUGAACUUAUUUUUUGUGGGAAUGACAUUUGGAUUUGUGGUGGGAUUUUGGAUAGUAGUUGGUCCUUUGGUCAUUUGUAGAUCAUGGCGUUAUGCCUAUUUUCAUUUCCUUGAUAAUGUGUGGUUCAAGCUUCAAUACUUUUUUUAA